AUGGCGUCCGGAUCCUACAACAACCCGCUCAAGAAGUUCAAGCUCGUCUUCUUGGGUGAGCAGAGCACGAUGUACCUCGAGGACCGCACCGUUCGCCUGCAACUGUGGGAUACCGCCGGCCAGGAGCGAUUCAGGAGUCUGAUUCCCUCCUAUAUUCGAGACUCUAGCGUUGCCGUGGUUGUCUACGAUAUCUCGAACGCGAAAUCGUUCCAGAAUACCAAAAAGUGGAUAGACGACGUGCGCGCCGAGCGCGGAAACGACGUCAUCAUCGUGCUUGUCGGCAACAAGACGGACUUGAACGAGAAGCGCGAGGUCACGACGCAGCAGGGCGAGGACGAGGCCAAGAAGAACAACCUCAUGUUCGUCGAGACGAGCGCGAAGCUCGGCCACAACGUCAAGACGCUUUUCAAGAGGAUAGCCCAGGCGCUGCCGGGCAUGGAGGGCUCCGACACGGCCGCCCAGGCUGCUAACCAGAUGAUCGACGUCAAGACCAACACACAGCAGCCCUCGCAGGAGGGGUGCGCGUGCUGA